AUGUCAAAAAAAGAUUUAUUAAAAUUUAUAGAAAAAGAAUUAAAUUCCAAAACUCAAAAACAAAUUAAACAAGUACAAGAUCAAUUUGAGAAAUCAUAUACAGAUAUCAAAAAAUACAUAGAAAAUAAAUUUAAUUACGAAUCUGAUAUAUUAAAAUCAGAAAUACAAAAAUUAAAAGAUAUAGAUGUUACACAGAUAAUAAAUGAAUUACGCCAGCAGAUAACAAUCGUCAUUGAGAAAUGUAAUCGAAUAAGUGAGAAUGUAAAAAAUGUUAAUAAAAAAGUAUUACAGAUAAAGAGGCUUAGAAUUGAUGUUAAAAAUGCGAUAUUACAAAAAUUAGAAGAGGAUACAGAACAAAUUAAGAAAAAAUUUAUAAAAUAA